ACUCUCCGGAACGUGCGAUCACAUCUCUUAAAUCACACUCUCUGCGCCGAAAGGAAUCGUGAAGAUGGUCAAGCUCGAAGAAGUACCCGAUGAUGAGCUCAACGCACCUCAGCCCGGCCCGAAAGAGGACGACGAUGAAUGGGAUACGGACGAGGAAGACGAAGUGUCCGAAAUCGAGGACGACGACACCUUGAACGAGUCAUUCUUCGACCGCGUUGUGGCGCUGAAAGAUAUUGUGCCGCCAACAUACCGCAAAAGCAUGUCGAAUGCAGCAUCAACGGGCUACUCGUGGGCAUCGAAAGCUGCAAGCCUAGGUGGCAAGACGUUGUGGGUAGUGAGCACAAGUGCACUGUUGCUCGGCGUGCCGUGGGCGCUGGCUUUUAGCGAGGAGCAGCAGGUGCAGGAGAUGGAGCGUGAGAUGAGAAUGCAGCAGAGUGCCAACGAGCUCUUGACUCAAGGCACAGGGAGUGGACAGACGGCUGCAAAGCCUGCGAUAUAAGCUUUGGCCUGCAUCUCGUGUAGCAUAUACGUCUCCGGCGACCCUCUCCAAAGGUGCAGCCUUGUAUACUAUCUCCUCUUCGCCCACGGAUUAUUCAUUCCUUCUUCCCAACACCACACCUGCGCAGCAUUUCCAGUAGUUCUCGGAGUAACCGCACCAAACGAGAAAGCAAGAAACUCGGCAUGACUUCGGCAACAGGUAGCAACUAUGUAUAGCAUGAAAAUGACUACAGUGGUGUGAUAAGA